CCCCGUCGCAAGUCGUUGUUCUACUUAUCUGCAGCGAUGAUCGAGAACACAGUCGAUGUAAUGCUCGAUUUGUCGAAUGUUCUAUUGGGUAGCUCCUGUGAGUGAUUCUCGGGAAGUGUCGCCGUAUCCUCGAAGACAUCGUGAGCUUCGUCUUGAAGUGCGAUACUGCCCGCCCGUGAAGGGCUCCGCAAUAGCAGAAAAUGGAGGUCUGUACGAUGAACGAUGUGAAAAUUUACAAUCUAGCGGCGGGCAAGAGCCUCCCGGAUUGGUUGUCGGACCGGAAGAAAAGAGCUCUGGUCCGGAAAGACUCCAAGGUCCGUCAUCGUAUCGAGCUUAUCCAAGAGUUCGAAAUGCCCACGGUGACGACCCACUUGCGCGUAACUCCGGACCAGCAACACAUACUCGCCUGCGGCGUGUAUAAACCUCGAAUACGAUGUUAUGAAGUUUCGCAGUUGAGCAUGAAGUUCGAGCGGUGUCUGGAUUAUGAAGUCGUGUCGAUGGCUUGUCUCGCGGACGACUACUCGAAAAUGGUUUUCCUGAGCACGGACCGCUACGUCGAGUUCCAUGCGCGGUACGGCAGAUACCACCGAAUCAGAAUUCCUCGGAGUGGAAGGGACAUGAAGUAUAUGCAAUGCUCGGCCGAGCUUUUGUUCGCCGGCGAUGGGCCGGACGUCUAUCGGCUGAACCUGGAGCAGGGGCAAUUCCUGAAAUCAUUCGAGUCGCAAGCAGUAUCAGUGAACUGUGUACAAUUCAACGAGGACCAUAACCUGAUCCUGAUGGGCACGUCCGAUGGGACGGUCGAGGCCUGGGAUCCGAGAUGUCAGGCUAGAGUUGCGAGCCUACCGGCGACACUCGAAGCUUUCUCAGAAGAGAUGAAAGCGAUUCCCGGAGUAUCUGUGAUUGCUUUCAAGGAUCCCCUCUCUUUCGGCGUUGGCACAACGUCGGGACACGUCCUGCUGUUCGACAUACGCGCAGACAAGCCGUAUCUGUGUAAAGACCACAUGUACUCGAUGCCGAUCAAAACCCUGGAUUUCCACCACGACAACCGAGUCAUUUCGGCUGAUUCGAAAGCUAUAAAAAUUUACGGCGAAGACGGGAAAAUGUUCACGAGCAUCACGACAGCCCACGACAUCAACGAUGUAUGCGUUUUCGGGAAAUCUGGACUUAUUCUGGUCGCUACCGAAUCGCCAAAAAUUCAACCUUUUUACAUCCCAGCUCUGGGAACAGCUCCGCGGUGGUGCAGCUUCUUGGACAACAUCACCGAAGAACUCGAAGAAACGAACCAGGACACGGUUUACGACGAUUACAAAUUCGUCACAAUCAAAGAAGUCGAAGAACUCAAUCUGACCAAUCUCGUCGGGACGAAUAUGCUCCGAGCGUACAUGCACGGAUACUUCAUCGACGUCCGACUCUAUCACAAAGCGAAGCAACUCAGCCAGCCCUUCGCCUACGAGGAGUAUAAGAAGAAGAAGAUCAAGGAGAGGUUGAACGCCAUGAGGGCAGACAGAGUUCCCGAUAAGACGAAGGUGCACCUACCCAAAGUCAACGCUCGGGUUGCGCAACGCCUCAUUGAGAGGGAGCAAGAACUGUUGGAGAACGCCGCCAAGGAGAACCGAAGGAAACUGAAGAAAUUCGUGAACCCGAUGAAAGACUCGAGGUUCUCGGAAAUGUUCGAGAAUCCUGACUUCGAGGUUGAGGAAGAUACCGAGGACUUCAACCGGUUACGCAGCGUCAUUGCGACGUUACAGAAGCCGAAAAAGGAUUCUUCCGAGAGGGCUGUGGAGGUCGACGCAUUCAAUCCCGAUGACAAUGAUGGAGGCAUCGCGGACAAUGACUCCGUCAAGUCAGACAUGUCGGCUCUCGACAGCCUCAGUGAAGGUUCCUCCGAUGAGGAACUCGACCGUGGGAAGAAAACUCCGAAAGAUCCGACGGCUGGUUUCACUCAAAAGUCCGGGAGCGAUAUCCUUAGAGGUUUCAGGCCCACAACGAAGAAGGUCAGAACUUCGAAGGUCUCUUUGGGUGAACGACUCAAGUCUCGGAGCGGGCUCGUCGAAAUGAGUCGAGGCUUCACAUCAGGCAAUCGCAUGAUCACCUACGAGAGCAAAAAAGGAAAGAAAGGCAAAUCUGAUGCUGAUCACAUGAACGAACGAAGGAAGGUCCGCAGGUCCGCCAAAGGAUUGAAUAUGAAAAAAUGUAAAUAAAAAAAUUAUAG